AUGGACCCCACAGAGCUCACUAUAGACCUCCUCGAGAAGCAACUUGCAGCAGCCGAGGUUAGCAUUAACGCUGUAGGCGCUUCUCGUGGCACUCCUCACACCCCUUUCUUCGAGGGGUGUUCCCCCUCUCCCCUCCUCCCCUCUGUCGCCACUGCUGCUGCUGUCGACCUCCUUGGUGCUGAGGAGGGUGGCGGAGGAGGAGGCCGUGGGAGUGGCGGGGGUGGGGGUGGGGGUACUGGUGCCGGGGUCAGUGGUGGCGGCGGCAGUGGGAGUGGCAGCAGCGGGGGUGGCGGCAGUGGGAGUGGCGGCGGCGCUGGUGGCAGCGGUCGUAGUGGUGCGGCCCAGCGCGGCGGCUCUGGAGGCAGCCAGGCACAGCAGCAGCAGCGCCAGCGCGCGCCCCGUACGCCGCAUGAGCUUCGUGAGUGGUACGCGCAGCGUCAGUCGUCGGGGGGUGGUACCUGCCCGUAUGUCAUUCGUACGGGUGAGCGCGCAGGUCAGACGUGCGGGAGGCUUCACACUCAGCACCGCUGCUUUUCCCGCCUUAGUGACGCCUGGCGCGCUCAGUUUUCGGACUGCACUGAGAUGCCCAACUGGGCGGAGCUGCUUAAGAGGGGCGUAGAUAUCUUUGAUCUUGACUAUGAUGCUAUCCUUGCUGCCAUGUAUGCAUUGACUGUUAGUGCUGAGGGUGACUGUUACCUGUGUGUGCCGCCCGACCCUGGUAUAGAGGCUGCUGCUCCAGGUGCUUGUGAGUCUGCUGCUCUAGGUGCUUGCGAGUCUACUGCUCUAGGUGCUUGUGAGUCUGCUCUCUCAGGUACUGCGCCUACUGAGGCCUUGUACACUUUCACGCUAGACUCAGGUGCCUCCCGCUGCUUCUUUCGCGACAGCACCACAGUCACACCGCUCCCUGCACCUGUUCCGGUCUCCCUUGCUGACCCCUCCGGGGGCCCUGUCCUUGCACGUUCCUCCACUGUCCUCCCGUGUCCGGCGGUCCCGUCUGGCUCCCUGUCAGGUCUCCACCUCCCCUCGUUCUCCACGAACCUGGUGAGUAACGCCGUCAUCCAGGAUGAGUGGGUUGACACCUUCACCCCUGAAAGACGUCGUGUGACGAUUUGCACGUGUGCCCGCACGGGCCGCCACCUGGCCACGUUCACCCGUCGGCCUGGGUCGAGUUUGUACACCCUGACUGUCGGAUCUCCCCAAAUUGCUGCUACUGGUCAGGUGUCCUUGUCCGGUCCGGAGUCUGCCCCCUGCUUGUGUCGUCGCCUGUCGCACCAGACUCUCCUCUGGCACCACCGCCUCGGUCACCCCUCUCUGCCGCGCCUCCGUGGCAUGCACUCCCGUCUGCUUGUCUCUGGUCUUCCCUUGUCGAUGCCCUCACUCCCACGCUCGCCUGCCCCGCCGUGUCUUCCUUGCGUCGAGGGGCGGCAGCGCGCCGCUCCCCACUCCUCCUCGUUUCCCCCGACGACUGCUCCCCUGCAGACCCUCCACAUGGACGUCAAGGGUGAGGUCCCUGCUGUUUUGAUCCCUUGGAUCCGCGCUGUUCGUCUCCAGCUCCGCGAGCGGUUCCGCACGGACUUUUCCGUCCUGCGUCUGCACUCUGACAGAGGUGGUGAGUUUUCCUCCGACCUCUUGCGGGACUUUUGUCAGGGGGAGGGCAUCCUCCAGUCGUUCACGCUUCCGGCCUCUCCGCAGCAGAAUGGGGUUGCUGAGCGCCACAUUGGCCUAGUCAUGGAGGUCGCUCGCACCUCCAUGAUCCAUGCGGCUGCUCCCCAUUUUUUGUGGCCGUUUGCGGUCCGGUACGCUGUGCAUCAGCUCAACCUCUGGCCCCGUGUCUCCUUGCCGGAGACCUCGCCCACCCUGCUGUGGACGGGAGAGGUUGGCGAUGCGUCGCGUUUCCGGGUCUGGGGCGCUCGUGCCUUUGUCCGCGAUACCACCGCGGACAAGCUCUCUGCUCGCGCCAUUCCCUGCGUCUUCCUUGACUUUCCUACUGACGCGCCUGGCUGGCAGUUUUACCACCCCACCUCGCGUCGUGUUCUGUCCUCUCAGGACGUCACAUUUGACGAGUCGGUUCCCUUUUACCGUCUCUUCCCCUACCGCACUGCCUCUCUCCCCCCCCGCCGCUCUUCCUCACUCCAGCCUGUCGAGGUCACUGGUGACUCUGGUGCUGCUAGAGGAGGUUCUGCUAGGGGUCUUGUGUCUGGGGGUGCUGAGCCUGCGGGUGCGGGGCCUGAGGGUGCUGAGCCUGCGGGUGCGGAGCCUGGGGGUGCUGAGCCUGAGUGCAUGGAGCCUGGGGGUGCUGAGCCUGAGCGUGUGGAGCCUGGGGUUGCUGAGCCUGGGGGUGCUGAGCCUGAGCGCGUGGAGCCUGGGGGUGCUGAGCUUGGGGGUGAUGGGCCUGAGCGCGUGGAGCCUGGGGGUGCUGAGCCUGGGGCUGCUGGAGCUGCAGGCACUGCUGGUGGUGGCGCUGCUGGGGCUGGAGGUGCUGGGACUGCUGGACCUACUGACGCUGCUGGUGCUGGAGGAGCCCCUGGUGCUGUUGGUCCCGGAGGUGCUCGUACUGGAGGUACUGGAGCUUCCGGGGCUGGUGGUGCUCGUUCUGGGGCUACUAGAGCCGUAGGUGCUGACAAUGGAGACUCUGGAGUUGGAUACACUGGGACUGGCGGUCCUGGUGCUGGAGGCGCUGACGCUGGAGGCCGUGGUGCUGGAGCCUCUGGGGCUGGAGGAGGUGGAGCUGGUGACGCUAGCACUGGAGGUACUGCUGCUGGUGGUGCUGUGCAGCGGCGUCAGUUCUUCACUCCACCGUCGCCGUCGUCUCUCCCACCGUCUGACUCCGUGCUUCGUCAGGUUCUUACCCUCCCGUCUUCUACUGGUCUUCCGUUACAGCCUGGCUCUCCGCUGCCUGCUCCUUCUCCUUACACUGAGCAGACAGACUCGCUUACAGAGCGUCGUGAGCCUGCGUCUCGUCCUGCCUCGCCUGUUCGCGCCGCUCGCACUGCUCGCCGUGUCCCGCGUCCGCGUCCUCCUCCUGUGCCUGGUACUCACACCAUGGUACUUCGUCCUUCCUCUGUUCCCCAGCGUGUCCCUCUCUCGUCGCCGCCUGCGUCCUCUCUUCCUGACGUUCCAGACCCUGAGUCUGACCGUGUUCGGGCCGCCAGUCCCACUGUCACCCGUCUCCUUGCUACUGUUGUCACUGACCCUUCUUUUGAGUCCGCUGCUGCGUCUGCCUUGGUCGCUGAGCUUGUUGACUUUGCUGCUGCUUGUCGUCUCGACUACGCUGCUAGUCUUAUUGCUGAGUCUGAGUCUCCGCUGCACCUCAUCUCGUGGCCAUUCUGCUUAGUUGCCCCUGAGGGAGACCCAGAUGCACUGGACAUCCCGACCCCGCGCUCUUACGCAGAGGCGAUUGAGGGUCCCUACUCCUCUCAGUGGCAGACAGCCAUGGACGCUGAGAUGGCAUCCUGGAAGUCCACAGGCACUUAUGUCGACGAGGUUCCCCCUCCUGGGGCGAACAUAGUCGAUGGCAUGUGGAUUUUCAGGGUGAAGCGGCCGCCGGGCUCUCCGCCUGUCUUCAAGGCUCGUUACAUUGCACGAGGCUUCAGUCAGCGACAGGGAGUUGACUUCUUUAAAACCUUCUCCACUACCCCGAAGAUGACCACUUUUCGGGUGCUGCUGCACGUUGCCGCUCAGCGUGACUACGAGCUUCACUCUCUGGACUUCAGCACAGCGUUCUUGCAGGGCAGUCUGCACGAGGAGAUCUGGCUGUGCCGCCCACCUGGCUUCACUGGGUCGUUUCCUCCUGGUACCCAGUGGAGCCUCCGGCGGCCAGUCUACGGUCUCCGUCAGGCGCCUCGUGAGUGGCACGACACACUGAGGACGACACUGGCGGCUCUUGGGUUUGCUCCUUCCACUGCUGACCCGUCGCUGUUUCUACGCACCGACACCUCGCUGCCGCCGUUCUACAUCCUCGUGUACGUCAACGACUUGGUCUUUGCCACUGCUGACACUGAGGCACUCGCUCUUGUGAAGUCGGAGCUGCAGAAGCGACACACGUGCACGGACCUGGGUGAGCUGCGUAGUUACCUUGGCUUGCAGAUCACCCGGGACAGAGCACGCCGCACCAUCACCCUGACUCAGUCACACAUGGUGCAGCAGGUCCUUCAGCGCUUCGGCUUCACUUGGUCCUCGCCACAGUCCACUCCUAUGGCUACGGGUCACUCGCUCCCAGCUCUGCCUUCGGAUGAGUCCGUAGAGCCAAGUGGCCCGUAUCCAGAGCUUGUGGGCUGCCUUAUGUACCUGAUGACCUGCACUCGACCUGACCUUGCGUACCCUCUUAGCAUCCUGGCUCGCUACGUUGCGCCCGGGAGACACCGGCGAGAGCACUGGGAGGCUGCUAAGAGGGUACUGUGCUACUUGUGCAGUACAUCGGGCAUGGGGCUCGUGCUUGGAGGACGGGGUGACGUUGUCCUCACUGGACACUCCGACGCUUCUUGGGUCAACGACCUGGCUACGCAACGCCCGUCACAGGGUUACACGUUCAGCCUUGGCUCUGGCUCUGUUUCUUGGCGGUCUACACGCUCGUCUUCUGUUCUCAGCUCCAGUUGUGAGGCUGAGAUCUACGCCACAGCCAUGGCUGCGCAGGAGUUACGCUGGCUCACCUACCUGCUGACCGACUUGGGAGAGAGGCCUCGUUCUCCUCCAGUUCUGUACGUAGACAACAAGGCUGCCAUUACCUUGUGUCAGGAGCACAGACUGGAGCACAGAACGAAGCACAUCGCUCUGCGUUACUUCCUUGCUCGAGAGUUGCAGCAGCGUGGCCAGCUUCGUGUUUCUUACGUGGCCACCAGGGCCAACACUGCUGAUGUGUUCACCAAGGCACUUCCGCCUUGUGACCAUCAGCGCUUUUGCACAGCUUUAGGCCUGGUGCCAGUGUUUGCUCACUUGCUUACCUCUUGA